UAAACGGACGUGGACGACUGCCUGCUGCUCAUUCCCGUCCGAGCGAGCGCAGAUGAAGCGUCACUGCUGAGCUCAACAAACACACAGAAAGAGAGGGCAUAAGCGCAUUAGCCACAUAUCGUUAUCAUCUGGAGGAAGUGAGUGAAUGUGUGUGUGUCUGAGGGAGUGUAAGAACAGAGGAAGACCUCAGAAGUGUGGAUUUAUGCUGUCCCGUCUUCCCCUCCUCCUCCUCCUCCUUCAUCAGACCAUGCGAGGAUCCUCUCGGCGCUUCGGGAAUCUCCUCUCCUCCUCCGGACUCGUAACUUUGACUGUCGUGUUUUUCACGAGGAACAUCCUGAAGAAGGAGCGACGCAACUUUUGAACUGUGUAGACGUCUCCUUUUUCCUUGUGCUCAAUAAUUGAUGCUGUUUCUCUGCGGCCGCUGAUCCACGGGACGGGAACGGACCCCUGCAUGAUCCCUCAUUGUGUCCUCUCUGUGUUGUAGACUCUUCCUCAUCCUCCUCAUCCAGCAUGCAGGUCUCAAUCGCUUGCACAGACCACAAUCUGAAGGGUCGGAACGGGGACCAUGGGAAAUCGAACGCCACCAGUCCGAACGUGGUCAACGCGGCGCGGGCCAAGUUUCGCACGGUCGCCAUCAUCGCCCGGAGCUUCGGCUCUUUUACCCCACGCCAACACAUCUCCCUCAAAGAGUCCACCGGAAAACUCACCGGCAUGAAGUACCGGAAUCUUGGUAAAUCUGGAUUGAGAGUCUCAUGCCUCGGUCUGGGCACUUGGGUGACAUUUGGAGGGCAGAUAUCAGAUGAGGUGGCGGAGCAGCUGAUGACUAUAGCGUAUGAGAGCGGGGUGAACCUCUUUGACACCGCAGAGGUGUACGCUGCUGGAAAAGCUGAAGUCAUACUGGGAAACAUCAUCAAGAAGAAAGGCUGGAGGCGAUCCAGUCUGGUUAUCACCACAAAGCUCUACUGGGGUGGAAAAGCCGAGACCGAACGAGGCCUUUCUAGGAAACACAUUAUUGAAGGUCUCAAGGGCUCUUUGCAGAGAAUGCAGCUGGAAUAUGUAGAUGUGGUCUUCGCCAACCGGCCCGACAGCAACACACCGAUGGAGGAGAUUGUCAGAGCCAUGACCUACGUGAUAAACCAGGGCAUGUCCAUGUACUGGGGAACCUCGCGAUGGACAGCGAUGGAAAUAAUGGAGGCGUACUCUGUAGCGAGGCAGUUUAACCUGAUUCCUCCAGUGUGUGAGCAGGCGGAGUAUCAUCUCUUCCAGAGGGAGAAGGUCGAGGUUCAGUUGCCGGAGCUCUACCAUAAGAUAGGUGUGGGCGCCAUGACAUGGUCUCCGUUAGCCUGUGGGAUCAUCACUGGAAAGUAUGAAAAUGGUAUCCCAGAAUCCUCUAGGGCAUCUAUGAAGUCGUACCAGUGGCUGAAAGACAAGAUCGUGAGUGAGGAAGGACGAAAGCAGCAGGCGAAGCUGAAGGAACUCACUCAUAUUGCUGAGAAGCUUGGCUGUACUCUGCCUCAGCUGGCCGUAGCCUGGUGUCUGCGGAACGAGGGAGUGAGUUCAGUCCUGUUAGGAACCUCGAAUGCAGAGCAGUUAACUGAAAACCUGGGAGCCAUUCAGGUACUUCCAAAGAUGACAUCCCAUAUAGUCUCAGACAUUGAUCAUAUACUUGGGAACAGGCCAUACAGUAAGAAGGACUACCGGUCCUAGUGGGUCCGGACACACACUCAUGGUGAAGAGAGGUGUGUGUGUGUAGCAGUGUUCGUGCCCUAGUGGUUCCUGCUCCAAAUCUGUUUCCAUCAUCGGUCUGACCUCUCUCUCUGAAGCCUUAGAGUGCCGUCCUCCAUAAGCUGUACCCCGUUUCUGCUGGUGCGCCUUUACACCCCAACACCACAGCGAGAAUCCCACAACUGGUGUCAGGAGAGACCUUACAUAAACACCCAUGACCCACGCUCUCAAACCCAUCAGCCACUGGGACGCUGCAGGUAUUAACACACAGUGGAGGAACGGCGCAUGUCGCCCUCUUGUGUUCGAGUACAGCAACUGCAAACCGGACUCGGUGGAACAAUGUGCAUUCGUAUAGAUUGGAGCCUGUGCAAGAACACCUGUAUGAUAUAUUAUGAGUGAUAUUUGAAUGCGUGUUUGCUUCAUUAUGUGAGCCAUAUGUACGUGUGGUGGAAAAAUAACUCAAUGCACACCUCGGACCUUGGAAAUUACUUGAAUGAGGGUAGCAUAUGUGAUUAUUGAACAUGCAACCGACCUCAGUCCACACUGCAGUAUAAUAUACAGUGUUAAAGUUGAUCCGACAUGCAUAGAGUAUAUUAUUAUACCAGCAUCCUAAUGCAUUCAUGGUAAUGUCUGAUUAUAAACGAGUGACUUGAUUUUUCUUUAGUAACAGUAAGGAAGUAAAGAAGUGUGCUUAGUUGUAUUAAAUGUGCACUUCAAAUCUUAAUUUCAAUGCAUUUUACUUUUAAAGGACACUUUCAGUUUCUUAACACUUAAUUUGACUUUUUUUUAAAAGGUUUUAUAUUUUACAUCAGUGGUUUUUGAUCAUCUUUUGUCAUUUAAAGUAGUAUUGAUGUGUUGACUAACAUACCAGAGCAUAUCUAAAGUGCGUGCUUAUAAUUAUUAUAUUUAAAGCUACUAUAUUUUAAAUUAAAAAUUUGAAGUUCGUUUACAAAUUAUUAAUAUUAAAUUCAUGACACAAGUUAACAGAUUUUUUAAGUAUCUUUAAGUUUAUCACAAAUGCUUAUUAAAUUCAGCAGCACACUUUACCUAUAUUUCAAAGACCGUAUAAUAUAAAAGAUUUUGUAAUUAAGUCCUACUUAAGUGGGUCAAAAUAUACACUAAAGUUCAGAGAUAUGCAUUUAUUUAAUACAUUUUCACUGAAUUAAAAUGCAAUUAACAUUUAAGUAUAUUAUUACCAUGAAAAUGUAUUAAAUCUACUUAAGUGGGUCAGAAUACACUCUAAAGUUCAGCUAUGUAUUUAAUACAUUUUCAUUGAAUUAAAAUGCAAUUAACAUUUAAGUAUAUUAUUACCAUGAAAAUGUAUUAAAUGCAUAUAGCUGAACUUCAGAGUGUAUUUUGACCCACUUAAGUAGGACAUAAUUACAAAAUCUUUUUAUCUUGUCUUUGAAAUAUACUGCAAAAUUUAAAAUGAUAAAGAUACUUAAAAAAAUCAGUUGAAACUUGCGUCAUGAAUUUAAUAUUAGUGUUUAAGUGUAAUAAUUAUAUGCUUUGGUAUGUUAGUCAACACAUCAAAAUAAGUGUAAUUCUUUAAAGCAUGACAAAAGAGUAUCAAAACUUACUUUAAAUUAAAACCUUUUAAAAAGCCCAAUUAAAUGUUAAGCAACUGAAAGUGUCCUUUAAUUUAAUUUUAAUUAGUAUUUUUUUACUUUUAAGAUUUGAAGUACAUAAUUAAAAUGCAAUUAAGAUUUAAGUAUAUUAUUUCCACAAGUACUAUCUUUUUUUUUUCUUUUUUUUAAAGUAUGCCUAUUCUUUUUUACAAGGGUUAGUUCACCCAAAAUGUCAU